UCUCUGGCAAGAAGUGCGGUAUUUGUAGCUAAAAAUAAUAAGAAAAAUAUAAAAACAUCGGUAAUAAUUAAUAAGUAAAUAUUGUGAUAACCAAAAACUAUGAACGCUAAAGUGUUUUAACAAUAAUAAAAGUUUUAUUUAAAAAAUACAAUUUUUAAAAAACUCACACCUUUUGCAAAAUAAUUUGGUUCAAGAUUAUUUGCUUGUCUAUUUUUUUGUAAUUGAGAAAAAAUAUGUGUUUCAGAUAAAAAAACAUUGAAAAAAAUACAAAACGCAUUAGUGCAAAAACGUAAAAAAUUGCAUUCAUAGAAAAAAGAAACUUAGAAACUUUACUGUAAUAAUAAUUAAAUAAAACAACAAAAAACAUUAACUAAAAAUGGCUCAAAAGACAAGUGUAUGCAUUGUGGGUUCCGGCAACUGGGGUUCUGCUAUAGCCAAAAUUGUGGGUGCCAAUUGUGCUAAUUUGCCCGAAUUCGAGGAACGUGUCACCAUGUAUGUGUAUGAAGAAAUGAUCGAUGGCAAGAAAUUGACAGAAAUCAUUAAUACCACCCAUGAGAAUGUUAAAUAUUUACCCGGACACAAAUUGCCACCAAAUGUGGUUGCUGUACCCGAUUUGGUAGAGGCUGCCAAAGAUGCUGAUGUCUUAAUUUUCGUUGUACCCCAUCAAUUCAUUCCCAAUUUCUGUAAACAACUUUUGGGUAAAAUUAAGCCCAAUGCUGUGGCUAUUUCCCUAAUCAAGGGCUUCGAUAAGGCCGAAGGUGGUGGCAUUGACUUGAUCUCACACAUUAUUACCCGCCAUCUUAAAAUCCCCUGCUCUGUACUUAUGGGUGCCAAUUUGGCCAAUGAAGUGGCUGAGGGACAAUUUUGUGAAACCACAAUCGGUUGUCGCGAUGCCAAAUAUGCCAAAAUCUUACGUGAUCUCUUCCAAGCCAAUCACUUCCGUGUGGUAGUGGUUGAGGACUCAGAUGCUGUAGAAAUCUGUGGUGCUUUAAAGAAUGUGGUAGCCAUGGGUGCUGGUUUCGUUGAUGGCUUGGGUUUGGGUGACAACACCAAGGCCGCUGUUAUCCGUUUGGGUUUAAUGGAAAUGAUUCGCUUUGUGGAAAUCAUGUAUCCCGGCAGCAAAUUGUCCACCUUCUUUGAAAGCUGUGGUGUAGCUGAUUUAAUUACCACCUGCUAUGGUGGCCGCAACCGUAAAGUCGGCGAAGCUUUUGUUAAAUCUGGCAAAACCAUUCAACAAUUGGAAACUGAAAUGUUGAAUGGACAAAAAUUACAGGGUCCCCUUACUGCCGAAGAAGUUAGCUACAUGUUGAAAAACAAAAACUUGGAAGAAAAGUUCCCCUUAUUUACCGCCGUUAAUAAAAUCUGCACUGGUGCCCUUAAGCCCCAAGACUUAAUUGAAUGCAUACGCAUUCAUCCCGAGCAUAUGAUUCACAGUGAAAACAAUUAGUUUUAAAGCAAACACUACACAAAUGUCAUUAAAAAAACAAAAAAUUUCAAAUACAUUUUCUAAGUAAAACAUAAAAACCUACAAGAAAUUGUAAAACUGCACCAACCCACUGUUCAAGCAUUUUGCACAAGAAAGUGUUCUAUAGAAAAACCAACAAAAAAAAAAAAAAAAAACUAUUGUAAAUAACAAAAAUUUGCAAAAUGUUAAAAUAAUUAGGCAUAAUUGUAAACAAUCAGUUAUAAUUCAAAAUCUAUUUAUUGUAAAUUUUAAUUUAAACAUUUUCCUCUUUACCUUUCUCUCAUGCAGCUGUAGCUAAUUUUAUAACAUUUGACAUCAUUUUCAGCAUAACAUUUUAAUCAUCAUUUGUUAUUGUUUUGUUUUUAGGCAAUCAUCAUUACUGCCGGCACCAAAGCUCUAAUAAGUUGUUACCCAGUCCUUACAAAAAAAAACCAUAAACAAACAAAAGCCAUACAUGUUUGCAAAGUCUUAAAUAAAUAACAAACAAAAAAUCUUAAUAAUAAUAGUGUGUUACUGUCUAAAUGCAAAACUAAUAGAACAGCAACAUGUCACACUACUAUACUUUUUAACACUACCACCAACACCAAACACCACCUGACUUACUAAACCACAUUGUUACGGCAUCAUUAUUAAGUUUAAAAACCAAAAAUUUUAUAAAAUUUUAAUUUUACAAAAAAAUAUACAGUUUAAUGCUCAUGACUGUUUUAAAAAACAUUAAAGUCUACUUUUAGCUUUUUGCUUAUAAUAAAAACAGCUAAAAGUAGACUUUAUUUUAAAUGCAAAGAGCUGUUAAACUAGGUUUCCUUUGAUAUGCUUUUAUUUUAAAGCAAAAUUUAACACAUCAUGUCAUUAGAAUUUACUAUUUUUGUUUUUUUAAUUUUAAAACCUUUUUAUUUCUCUUAUUAUUCUUGCUAUUUUUGUACAUAAUAAAGUGUAAUUAAUUGUUAUAUUAUAAAAUGCAUUAUAAAACUAAAUUUUUAAAAAACCAUUUUUUAUAGUUAAUAAAUAAAUAAACAUUUUUCUAGAAGAAAAUCCCAAAAUCAUGUUUCUUUUACAGCUUAAUUGGCCUACAAAAAAUUAUUUUAAUUCAAUUUGAACACCAAAAAAAAAAUACAAAAAAAUAAAUGUUAAAUGUAGUGCUUGUCAUUGCCUAGAAUGUUGAUGAGUUUCUCUAACUUUUUCUAACAUUUCAUAAACCUUAUUAUUUUCUUUCUUUAUUCCACAGGCAAAAAUUAUAAAUUAUUUGUAGAAAAAUCUGCCUAAAAUUAUUUUAAAACAAAUACUUACUUAUUCAAACAAACCAAACAACAACUUUUAAAAAUCCUUCUAACCUUGAUAAGCUUAUAACUUAAACGCA